UCGACCACUUUGGCAGCCAAAGCCGUAGCGGCAAAAAGUCCUAGAAUAACGCAAGGGGCAUUUUGGGAAUAAAUGAGUCUCUCGAUUAAGAAAGAGACCGAGAUCCAGGGGCAUUUUCGGAUACGCAAAUAGUUUUUCUGCAUCUCUCUGUGAUCACUGCUCGCUUCCUCAUUAUUUGUUCAUUUAAUUUGUAGGUUUGGUGUGUAAGCGGAGAAGAGUGGAGCGCCCGAUUGCUUAGGCGUGGAAUUUUCGGACUCUGUUUGGCGAGAGAGAAAUAGAGGGAAAAAGAGAGAGAGAGAGAGGGGGAGAAAGAGAUGGCGAGGAGAGCGGACGAGGAGUACGAUUAUCUUUUCAAGGUAGUGUUGAUUGGAGAUUCGGGCGUUGGCAAAUCCAACCUUCUCUCCCGAUUCACCCGCAACGAGUUCUGUUUGGAAUCCAAGUCCACUAUCGGCGUUGAAUUCGCCACCCGCACCCUCCAGGUUGAGGGGAGGACUGUGAAAGCCCAGAUAUGGGACACAGCAGGUCAGGAGCGAUAUAGAGCAAUAACCAGUGCCUACUAUAGGGGUGCACUAGGAGCUCUUCUUGUGUAUGACGUUACAAAGCCUACAACAUUUGAGAAUGUGAGCCGGUGGCUGAAGGAGCUGAGGGAUCAUGCUGAUUCCAACAUCGUCAUCAUGCUUAUUGGAAACAAGACUGAUCUGAAGCAUCUCAGAGCAGUUGCCACAGAGGAUGCCCAAGGUUAUGCUGAGAAAGAAGGCCUCUCAUUUAUCGAAACAUCUGCACUUGAAGCGACAAAUGUUGAGAAGGCGUUUCAAACAAUUCUUGCAGAGAUAUACCGGAUCAUUAGUAAGAAGUCUCUUUCUUCUGAUGAGUCGGUCCCUGCAAACAUUAAGGAAGGGCAAACUAUUGUAGUUGGAGCAGCAGACACCAACACAAAGAAGCCCUGCUGCUCUUCAUCCUAAAGGUCAUCACAAUUCAUCUUAUUUUUCCUUUUGUUUAUCUUUUUUUCCCCUUCCUUUUUGAUCAGUUUAUUUUGUUUUGAAUCUAUCAUUUUUUGUUUAGAAAAAAAAAAUAUUGAGCCAUGUUUUGUUGUUUGUUGUGGAAAAUAUUGAGGUCUGUUUCGUUGUGUGCUUGCAUAUGGAAAUGUCGUUUUU